AGCAGAAGGGUAGCUAAAGCAAACUAUCGUCAUUAACUCGUGACCGUAAGCCCGCCCCGUGACGUACUUCAAAACAAGGAUGCAUCUCGACUUUAGAAAUGGAAUAGUUCGCCACAAUCAAAGAUCACGCGGAUACGGAAAAGCUGUAGAAAUUGCAUACUUGUCAAGUUCUUAUCUACUCAAAGAUGUUGUCACUUGUUGUCCUGCUGAUGUUUCAACCAGGAGAGGGAGGCACCUCACCUAUCUCCUGUUACAAUGAUCAAGGGGAAGCUGUUGACUGGUUCUAUCUCUACAAACUCCCCCAUGUUGAUCGUGAAUUUCCCAAUGAAGGACAGAGUUAUCUACUGAUGGACAAAGGGAGCGAGGGAUGGACGGAUGGAAAAGUGUUGGUGAAUGACAGCACUGGAGCCCUGGGGAGGACAGUGGGCCAGCUGUAUGAGCAGGGGAAGAAUGAUGACAUUGCAUACAUCCUGUACAAUGACCAGAGACCACCCGAGGAGGGAGAAAGAGGAUUUGGUUUCCCUAGUAGCCGAGGUGGCCACACUAAAGGUGUUGUCUUAUUGGACAAGACACAGGGCUACUGGUUGGUCCACAGCACCCCUCAUUUCCCCCCUGUAAAGGAAAUAGGGCAAUAUUCCUACCCAGGUAGUGGUGUACAGAAUGGACAGAACUUCAUCUGUGUGACCUACCCACUGGAACGCUUUCAGGCCAUUGGAGAGCAGUUGCAGAUCAACCAGCCCAAUGUGUAUGACUGUGGUGUCCCUGCUUCCUUGGCCUCUCUGGUGCCCGCACUGGCUGACGUCUGUAACAACAGCCAAGGGCAGAUGGCCUAUAGCAACAUACCGCACACCCAACCUGCAUCCAAUCGCAGUGUGUCUCUCACCUCAUUGGGUGGAACCGAGUUCAUCAGCUUUGCCAAGGGGAGAUCAUUCAAUAAUGAUCUGUACCACUCCUGGGUGGCUCCCUCCCUCCAGUCAGACCUCCUAGUCCAGUUCUGGAUCCGCUCCACUGGCAUCCUGCCCUCUGACUGCUCCCUGGGCUGGAAGGUCCUGGACAUCCAGCUUAUCUCCCCAGGCGGGAGGAUCACCUUCAAGGCCUCCAACGACCACUCCAAGUGGGCCGUGAGUACCACCGGGGGUGGGGUGAAUAGAGCUGCUGGCUGGGUGUGUGUGGGCGACAUCAACCGGAACGAGGCUGAGGAGAAGAGAGGGGGCGGGACAGUGUGUCUGCAGGACGCCACGGUGUGGAAGGCCUAUCGGACAGCGGCGCUGGAGUGUGAGAUGUGCGAGGGAGGGACCAGCGGGUGUGAUGUGGACGUAGAGGAUGCAAGGCACUACCAGGAAGAUAUGAAUCAGUAAGCAGCAGUGUUUCAUCAGUGUAAAGUUACUAGUAUGCACACAGUUCCCUGAGCAGCUAGGUUUAUUAGCAUUAUUGAGCUCCAUGAACAAGGUACCCCAUAGAAUGUUGAUUUAAUAAAGUACCAGUAUCUAAUUCA